UGAUGCACUAUCCAGUGCCUUUCCCUCUACGAGGCAUGCCUUCUUCACACUACACCAGUCCUGCCCCGUCGCAUGAAUCCUCCGCGCCGUCGACUCUUCCCAGCUGAACAGGCGACUCCAGCGUAGGUUUGGUGUUAGUCCGGCCCACCGCAGCCGCCCGGCAGCUGUGCCCUCUGCUCCUGAAGACAGUCCCCGUCAUGACCUCCCCCUCCUCCUCCUCCUCCUCCUCCAAUUCUGCCGAAAUUCGCUAAAUGGGAUUCGUGGCUGGACCGAGGUUUCCACAGCAACUGGCCAUCCGCUUCCAUUAUUUCUCUAAUGAGGACAGCCAUACGGAUUUAACUCGGUUCCUCGCUGCGCGUCUCUGAUUUUUGGGCUGAAUCUCAAGACGCGUCAAAGGUCUGCACAUGGGGGCGGGCAAGAGCAAGCCCAAGGAGCCCGGCCAGCGCUCCAUGAGCCUGGACGGUACCAUUGGCACAGGCUCAGACAGCGGGCACUUCCACCACCUGGGCCCCGCCCAGCAGACCCAAACCCCCAACAGGAGCCCUGCCGUCGGGAACGGCAGGCGGGGGCAUCAAGGGCAGCACCAGCAUGCCCCGACAAACACUCCUGAGCUGGCUCUUUUUGGAGGGGUGGACCACACAGGCACCAUCACCUCGCCUCAGAGAGGACUUCCGGCAGGGGGUGUCACUACAUUUGUGGCACUGUAUGACUAUGAGUCACGGACAGCAUCUGAUCUGACCUUUAGGAAAGGCGACAGGCUGCAGAUUGUCAACAACACAGAAGGGGACUGGUGGCUCGCUCGCUCCCUGACGACAGGCGAGAGUGGUUAUAUCCCCAGCAACUAUGUGGCCCCGUCGGACUCCAUCCAAGCAGAAGAGUGGUAUUUUGGGAAGAUCACUCGGCGUGACUCAGAGAGGCUCCUUUUGAACCUACAGAACAGACGAGGAACCUUCUUGGUGAGGGAGAGCGAGACUACUAAAGGGGCGUAUUGCCUGUCAGUGCUGGAUUAUGACAACACCAAAGGCCUGAAUGUUAAACAUUACAAGAUCAGGAAGCUGGAUAGCGGAGGUUUCUACAUCACCUCCCGCACCCAGUUCACCAGCCUACAGCAGCUAGUCUUCCACUACCGCAAGCACUCUGAUGGGCUGUGCCAUGCUCUGACAGAUGUGUGUCCUGUGGCCAAACCUCAGACCCAGGGACUGGCAAGGGACGCCUGGGAGAUCCCAAGAGAGUCCCUCCGCCUUGACCUUAAACUGGGACAGGGCUGCUUUGGAGAAGUCUGGAUGGGUACAUGGAAUGGUACGACACGAGUAGCCAUCAAGACCCUAAAGCCUGGCACCAUGUCUCCUGAGGCCUUUCUUCAGGAAGCACAGGUCAUGAAGAAGCUGAGGCACGAGAAGUUGGUCCAGUUGUACGCUGUGGUGUCUGAGGAACCCAUCUACAUUGUGACAGAGUAUAUGAGCCAAGGUAGCUUACUGGACUUCCUUAAAGGGGAAGCAGGAAAGAUGCUUCGCCUUCCUCAGCUGGUCGACAUGGCUGCUCAGAUUGCUGCGGGCAUGGCCUACGUGGAGAGGAUGAACUACGUCCACAGAGAUCUGCGUGCUGCCAACAUCCUGGUGGGAGAUAGCCUGGUGUGUAAAGUGGCUGACUUUGGCUUAGCAAGACUCAUUGAGGACAAUGAGUACACCGCAAGACAGGGAGCUAAAUUCCCAAUCAAAUGGACGGCACCAGAGGCAGCUCUGUACGGUCGCUUCACCAUCAAGUCGGACGUCUGGUCCUUUGGUGUGCUGCUCACAGAGCUGGCAACUAAAGGCAGAGUCCCCUAUCCAGGAAUGGUGAACCGUGAGGUGCUCGACCAGGUGGAGCGCGGCUACAGGAUGCCCUGCCCGGCAGAGUGCCCCAGCUCCUUACACGAGCUCAUGCUUUCCUGCUGGAGGAAGGACCCGGAGGAGAGGCCUACGUUUGAGUACCUGCAGGGCUUCCUAGAGGACUACUUCACGUCCACAGAACCCCAGUAUCAGCCUGGGGAGAACCUAUAGAACCACACACUGAACCAAACCCAAGGGGGAGAACCUCAACACAGAACGAUCUGCACUAACCGACCUCAGAGGAACGCCUGUGAGAGGAUCUGCGCCUGUGAAACUCGCGUGGGAGGAACUUGAGAUUCUUCUGUGGAAGCAAAACCGAGAUAGAAACUGUGCCAUUAAAGAACUGCUGCAGAAGAACCUGGAGGACCUCCUGCCUGAAAGCACUCACUGUUUACUUUAGGUUCUCCUGUAGCUGUAAGAGGAGAACUCUUGCUGGACAAACUCUGGCUCUGAUUUGACUGAGGGACUAUAUUUGUGGGUACAUGUUUUUGAGAGGUGCAACUGAUGUGGGAGGAACCAAAUCAGGAUCUACAGACGGAGCGAGAGGGAAAAGAAGAAGCCUCCCGUCGAAGAGAGAAGGUCAAGGGAGGAUUGUUCAGUCAGGCAUGAGCUGUUUAGCGACACCUUCCCUCCUUCCCUUCUGUCAUGUCUCUUUACCCUCGUCUGGUACCUUUUCCGCCCACAGAAGAGCACUGCCACUGUGGCUCAGGUGCCAAAGGAAAAGUCUGUGUCUCUCUUAAAACGUCCUUUAUCUCCCUCCUGCCUCUCUCGUCUCUUUCUCUAUUUCUGUCUGACUUUCAGUAUCUCUCUCCAGUUUUCUCAAGUGCUGCUUCUUCAAAGUGUCUCCAAAUAACUCAGCUCUGGAACUCUACUUUGCAUCCUGAUUUAUGUUUACUUGGACAAGGUUUUGGUCAGUGGCAGACAGAAGUCCUCUUUAUUUUUUCUGUGAUUAUCAAUAGGCAAAGGUUGUUAGAACCACUAUCAUGGGAGUGCCAGGGUAAAUGUACUCUACAGGCAGGUUCUGUAAUGCUGAAAAUUGGCUAAUUUCAAUUCAAAUUUGAGGCCUUUCUCUCUUGUUUAUCCUUUCUGUUUCUAGUUGUAUUUCUCGACACACGCUUAACGGCCACUGCGGCCUGCUGGAUCCAACUCCAAUGAUUAAAACAGAUUUUGAUGCAGGUAGUGUUUGAGUGCUUGUUGUUUUGAUUGACCUUGAUUUAAAUGGAAAGUUGCAUUGAAAAUAAUCAGCACUGUUGUGGUGGCAACACAGAGCAGUUUUAAUAGUUACCAGCUCUUUUCCUCAGAGGCAUAAGUGGGGUAACUUUAAUCAAACAUUUAUGUGACCUACUAAGAGGCUGAUACGGCUACCAAACCAAUCAUAUUACUGUUUAAUAUCCAACUCAACCAAUGACAGGAAAACCCUGAGAGUGAAAGCCUGCUGUGUUCUGUGCCAAACAAAUCACAUUUCUUUACUGCUGUCUGUGUAUAUAUGGUUUUAUCAAUGGGCUUUCUUGUGUGUUUUUUUUUUUUUUUUUUGGUUGGGUUUUUUUUUGCCUUAAUUUCUUAAACAGGCAACUGUUGACUUAAAAUUUACAAUUAAACUCUGCACCAUUUCCCCAGUAGACGUCACAUUAGUGAGUAGACAGGACAGAUAAACCUGUGACUCUUUGCUGAAGGAUUCAAAAGCUGUUGUGACCAUAAAAAAUAUGCAACCAGGCAGCCCUAAUGAAACUGUAAAACUCUGAUCAGGUAACCCUAAUAAAACUGUGUUUAUGACUUACUAUAAGAGUUGAUUUUGAAACCAGUUAGCAUGCUUUUGUGCCGUUCUUCUCUUGACCAUUGGCUGGGUUUGUAUUUAUGCUGUAAUGUACAUCAACAUGUGUAUAUUUUCUUUACUCAAGGUUCAAUUUAGGUGAAGUGAGGGGAUCAUAAGACUACAUUUGGGCCAUAAACCUAUGAUUCAUUUUUUGAUAUCUUAUCCAUUGCUGCCAGUCCUCUCUGUCAUACUGUACAUACUGUAGGGUUGGUUUUGUAUCAUGUACUCCGCUUUCAAAAGGCAGAUAUUUAUGUUGAGUGUCACACAUUUCACAGUGGUUUGGUUUAUGACGUAGUUAAUACAGCAACAGUAGACAUGAUUAUAGAUUAUUACCAACAAAUACUAUGAAACCAGUCAUCGAAAUAUGAGCCCUGCAGCAAUAAGAGAGGAUAGCCCAAGCCCACCAAAACCAAGAAAUUAUUAUCCAUGGAUGAUAAAUGAUGACGGCUAAUUUAAUCAGUAGUGUGGAUUACGCUGAAACCAUAAUGGAACAGGAGUUUGGGUUAUAUGAUAUAAAAAAUGAGGUCAAAGAUGUAAAUAGUAUCUUAAACAAAUGACUGUGACUAUCAUGUAAUUUUGUUUUUGUAUAGUUUUUCUUUAAUUGCACCUCCAUGCUGAGGUUUUUACAGUGACGCACGCCUGCUCCCAAAAUGUUUUAAUAAUAAGAUGCUACUGUAAAUGAGGCUUAUGGAAUGUUUUUUUUUUCUUUUAAUAUUGGGCUUCAUAUAAAAUCCUAUUCAGUUUGAAAUAUCUAUAUCUGCAAAAGACAAUUGAAAAUUCGGCUUUUACACAUAUAUUUCCAAGAACAUCAUCAGUGCUUUCCUCUUUUGAAAUGGGAAUUCCUGUUUGUUCUAAUGCACUGAACCGCCUGUAAAUCACUGGGACAAUGUGGAAGUCGAUGGGCUCAUGACCACUAUGAGUAGCCAAGGUCUGAUUGGAUUUUUCUGUGCCAUUUUAAAGAAGUGUCUCGGUCUUUUUGUUUGUUUUUUGUUGGGUUUUUUGUUUUUGUUUUUUUUUUAGAAAUCUAUGCAGUUUCGGUCUGGCAUUCCUGCAAUUUUAUGGCCAUUUUGUUCUAAAAUUAAAAAGAAUGAUCAUUAACAGAAGGUGUGAGCAUUUUGUAAGGACUUCUUUUGUCUUUUAUUUUAUUUUUCUGAUGUAACAGGAUUGAAAUGAGUAUCGUGCCACUUUAUGUUGAUCUUACGUUGUGCAAUAAAUUAUAUUUCAAAUGUG